AUGGUUUCGGUUGGUCGCGUUUCAAGUUGGCUCCGAUCAUUUUCAACCAGCCGUGUUGUCGGAAGCCUGGACAAGCUUGCUCCUGCUCCUGGAUCCACCCGCCAGCAGAACCGUGUCGGUCGUGGUCCGGGAUCUGGUCGAGGAAAAACCUCGGGCCGUGGUCAAAAGGGUCAAAAGGCUCGUCACAGCGUGAAGCCUUGGUUCGAGGGUGGCCAAACCCCUAUUACCCAGCUCUUCCCUAAAGUAGGCUUCCGGUCUAAGUUGCCUAAACCCGCAGAAAUCUCUCUCGGUCGCAUUCAGCAACUUAUCGAUCAGGGCCGCCUGGAUGCCUCCAAGCCCAUUACGAUGCGCGAGAUUUACCGCAGUCGGGCUCUUGGAAACGUCAACAAUGGUAUUAAAAUUCUUGGGGCAGGUGCUGAGCUCCUCAAACAGCCUUUGCACAUCACAGCCACCAAGGCCACUGCCCCUGCCCGGGCGGCUUUACUCGAAUCUGAGGGGUCUUUCACCGCUCAUUAUUAUUCGCCCCUUGGUCUGCGGGCCCACACUCGUCCUGAGGCCACGCUUCAAAAGUACGCCCGGUUGCCUUUGAGAGCGCGACCCACAGAUCGUCGCAACAUCGAGUUCUACCGUGAUCCUGAGAAUUUGGGAUAUCUUGUUGAUGCACCCAACCCCCCUCAAGUCAAGAACCCCUUCAAGAGUGGCCGAGUCAAGGUAUCUCCACUUGCCUCUAAACUUGCCGAGCUUGAAGCAGCCGAUCCCUCCGCCCCUCGUGCUAGCGUGUUCGAGCUUAACUCGGCUAAAAUCUAA